AUGUUAGCGUUUGCCUAUAUUACUCGUACGGCAGCUGCGGCCUUCAAACCUACUUUGCAACCGACCUCCAUCUGUGCGGAUAACACCAGUAGGGCCACAUUCCGCCUUGUUAUCGACAUUCUACUCCACAAGAUGCCUGUUACCGUCAAGAUAGCCAAGCACGACGCGAACCCAUGGCAAAGCCAAAAGGCGAAUACGAAUGAAGAUCUUCUGCCUCACACCGAAUCGCUAAAAAGCAAAGGCGUCAUACAAUGCUCGGUUCUACCGGAAGAUUACCUUCAGAGUCACAUCACGCCCUCAAGGAAUGGGCUAGUUUGGGCAGCGCAUCACGCGUACAGCCACCACCACCACCUAACGCUACGACCAGAGGAUAUCUGGUUCGCUAUCAUCUCUCAGCUAAGCUUUUACAUCAACGCGAAUGCAGAAGAGCUGCGCUCCAUGUUCGUCUCUCACAAGGGACGCAAAGAGCUUGUGGUACACACAACCGGCUCAGUACAUACCGUUGACUUCGCGAAGAUUGCGAAAUGUCUGGCAAAUAUGAUCCAGGAGAAUGUCACAAGACCUGACCUGCAGAAAUGGAUUGUACCGUCCUUCAGCACCACCACUGAAUCUGACCGCGCUGUCGCUUCCGUAUUGUUCAUGGGCGCUAUGCAGAAGUACUUCUCCUACGGUUGUUGUAUUACUUGCGGCAUUCCAUCAGUCACUCUUCUUGGCGAGCGAGGGGAUUGGGAGGAUAUUCUACAGAGACUGGAUGUGCUCCCCGAGUUUGGAAAAGAGCCCAGUAGGUUUGCAGAUCUUCUGCGACCUAUCCUUAAGCAUCUGAUCGCCACUUUCGACGCAGGACCUACAUCGCCUGUUCAAGACUUUUGGGGCAGGAUUGCCAACAGGAUUUCCGGAGGAAGUGGGCCGGACUAUCUUUCGGGUUGGAUCACAGCAUUCUGCUUCUGGGAUGCAGAUGGGAAGCUCAUCCAUCGAAGUUCGUCUCACAAGCAUAUCAGUCUUCCGAUACUUGACGUCGAAGCCAGACUCGGCGAGGAUGACGAUAUCUACCAUGAGAUCGACUUUGAAGACAUCCCUAACGGCUAUGCCACUGUGCCACUCACCAUCAAUGACAAUGGCAGAGAGUAUCUUACCCAGAUGGUCGCAGGGUCGUUCGGCAUCGAAGCGUUCAGUCAGCGGAGGGUGGCAGGCAGCCUAAACGUAAACCUCACGGAAGAUGACAAGAGCAGGACAGGAACCUCUGAUCGUGCAGACGCAGUCACUAAAGGAGAGGACAUAUGUCUGGAUUCCAUCAAGCCUUUGACAGGGUGGAUGAUGUAUCAUACGAACACUUUCGAGUAUGGUCAUAUCACAGAGCUCCAACCUGUUUCGGAUGGUUUGUCGGAUCGAGUCGAUCGUUACUUGUAG